CUUUCUUGCUCAGUUCCAUCGCAGCAGCACUCUCAGUCUCAAAGCAUAUGCGUACGAUCAUGAGCUGAGUUUGAAAUUCGAAAACCAAAACUUCCGGUGAAAUCUCUCUCGUUAGAUGCGCGUUAGCUGUUCGGAUUCUGGGUCUCUGUUGAAUUGCUUUCUGGGUUUGUUCUUUGUUCGUUUGACUUGGUUUUAGGGUUUUUUUUUUUUUUAAUGUGAUUUCGCUAGCUCGGGGUUUUGUUGAUUCCUGCAGAUUUGGGAUUUUAGGGUUUGUGAUUGGAAUUUAGAGAUAUAUUAUAGUAGUGUUAAUUGGUUUAUGGGUUCCACGAUGGAGGAUGAGAAAGAUGCGUUUUACAUCGUUCGUAAGGGAGACAUCAUUGGUGUGUAUCGAAGCUUGAGCGAGUGCCAAGAACAGGCUGCAUCAUCUGUAUCAGAUCCUGCAAUGAGUGUGUACAAAGGAUAUGGUUGGCCAAAAGGAGCAGAGGACUUGUUAUCCUCGUGUGGAAUUAAGAACGCUCUCUUUUCUAUUAAUGCAUCUUAUGUCAAAGAUGAUGCUUUUGGGAAACUCAUUCCUUGUCCUGUUCAGCAACCAUCUUCCUGCCAAGGAGGCACUUCCAACAAACCUUCCCCAGCUAAGAGAUCGCAGGAAAUGGAAAGCAAUGAAUCGGGUUCAUUUUCCCCGAGUCCUGCGCAAAAGCAUGUUAAGAUACAAAAUGACAUUGUUCAUCGGGUUCCUUCCAGUCUCUUGACUCGGCAACCUAUACUUCAAAAUGAUUCAUGUUCCAUUGAGUUUGAUGGUGCUUCGAAAGGAAACCCAGGAAAAGCUGGUGCAGGAGCUAUUCUCCGUGCUUCAGAUAAAAGUGUCCUCUUCUAUUUACGGGAAGGUGUUGGCAUUGCCACAAACAACGUUGCAGAGUAUCGAGCUCUGAUUCUUGGUUUGAAGUCUGCUCUCGACAAAGGGUUUCAAAAUGUGCGCGUCCAAGGAGACUCAAUGCUUGUCUGUAUGCAGGUUCAAGAUGCAUGGAAAACCAAACAUCCGAAGAUGGCUGAGCUGUGCAAACAGGCAAAGGAGCUCAAGAGCAAGUUUAAAACAUUCCAUAUCGAACACAUUGACAGGGAACUCAAUUCUGAUGCUGAUAAUCAAGCUAACUGUGCGAUUGGUCUGGCAGAGGGUCAAACGAUGGUGAUUCCAGGCGGCUAGGAGAGAUUACUAAAUAUGAAUAGUUUAGUAUUACUGUUUUCAUGUUUCUAGGAUCGUGUCUUUAAACAUGCUGUGUGUUGGGAUAAACAUGAACAUGAAGAUGAACAUGGUGGAACAUGUUCUCUUCUCUCUUUUAUUCUGUCCCCCAGCUUGUUGAAAUAUAAGUCACCUGUUCGCCAAGUUAAAUUUCUAAGAACACGUUUUAUAUUAUUGUUUCUCUUUUCUU